AUGAUCAUGAUAAAUUGUACGAGAAAAAUAUUUUCAAGCAGAAUAAAUUCAGCAAGAAUAUUAGCCAUAUUCCCAACUCCGUCUAUAAGUCAUCAAACUGUAUUUCGGCCUUUAACGCAAGCACUAUCAAGAAGAGGCCAUGAAGUUACAGUUGUAACCACAGAUCCAGUAAAUUCAAAAGACCCAGAUCUAGUGAAACUAGUUGAAAUUGAUUUGCAUAAUGUUUCUUACAGAACAACUAACGGAGAUAUAUUUGAAAUAUAUGGUAAGGAGGAAAAACAGUUAAAAACAAAAGAAAUGCAAAAGUUGUUGCAGAAGAAUGAAAAUUAUUAUGAUCUAUUAAUUCUUGAAGCCUGCAGCAGACCUGCUUUAGUGUUCUCACACAUAUUUAAAGCACCAGUUAUUCAAAUAAGUUCUCUUGGAGUUUGUGAACAUUUACAAAAUGCAAUGCUGCGAAGAUAUUUUGGAGCUGCCGUGCCUCGUAUCGCUGAAUUGAACAACAAUAUUCAUAUGUUACUUCUCGCAACAAAUCCAAUUUGGGCAGGAAAUACACCGGUUCCGCCUAAUGUCAUUUUUAUAGGCGGAAUACAUGAAAAUCCUGACGAGAAAUUGUCAGAGGACUUGAAAUACUUUCUAGAUAACUCGAAAAAUGGUGUUAUAUACGCUAGUUUUGGAUCCAAUGUAAAAACAAAUAAAAUCAAUGCCAAAAUUACAAGAAUUUUGGCACACGUAUUUACUGAAUCAACAUUAAAUAUUAUAUGGAAAUUGGAUCAAAAUGAAUUACCGAAACAAAGUGAUCAUAUAAAAAUUAUGAACUGGCUCCCACAGGCGGCUUUGUUACGACAUCCAAAUGUUAAAUUAUUCAUAACUCAAGGAGGCUUGCAGUCAACAGAAGAGGCCAUAACAGCUGGCGUACCAUUAAUAGGUAUACCAAUACUAGCAGACCAGUGGUAUAAUACGGAACAAUACGUACACUUCAAUAUCGGUGUAAAGCUCAACUACGAUACAUUGAAUAAGAAGCAACUGCAAGAGAGUAUUUAUAGACUUACAUUGGAUGACAGUUAUAGGAAGAAUGUUGUUAAGUUACGGCAGCAAAUACUUGAUCAGCCCCAAAAACCAUUGGAGAGAGCUGUUUGGUGGACGGAAUAUGUACUGAGAAAUGGCGGAAGACAUUUACGUUCACCUUCUGCAAACAUAUCUUGGAUCAGUUUGGAGUUGGAGCUUCUAUUCUUCCUAACUAUUGUAUUUCUUAUAUUGUAUGUUAUGUUGAAGAUUAUAAUAAGAAUAACGUGUAAGGUACUUGGCAAGAUGAUAAUUUGUAAAAUAAAAGAGAAAAAUUCGUAA